AAUACACACUGCACAAGAUUGUUGUCUGUUCAGCCUUGGAACCUGCAGGAUUGAACGCUGCAUGUGACGGUGGAAAAUGAGUGAUUCCGAGAAACAGACCAUUUCUGGAAAGGAAAAGGAUGGAGUGGAGAAAAGAGGACGAGGAAGACCGAGAAAACAUCCAAAGGUAUCUGGUGGAUCCCCGGUUGCAAAAAGGCCAAGAGGGCGGCCAAAGGGCAGCAAAAACAAGUUGCAAAUCAAGAAGAAAGCGGCUGUGUCUUCAGAAAAGAAGGUGAAGGGGAAGCCUAAGAAAGAGGAAAAGGAAGCAUCUCAGGAGUCCUCGGAGGAAGAAGAGGAUGAAGAUGAGGAUCAGUAACUCGUUCACAACACUACCUCAGCCAGACACUCAGCCUGGCAAGCUACAGCCUCUAACAACAGAAUUUCUUUCCACUCAACACCCUUUGCAGGACAGUUAUAUAUGGAAUCCUGUCUGUAACAAUCAAUUACAUGCUAAAAAAAAGAAAUCAUUUUAGAAUCUGUGAAUUAGAUUUAUUGUGUUUAGAAUAUUAAUGGUGCUUACUUGGUGCUUUUCUAUUUUUCAGUUCGCUUUUAUUGUAUUUCGUGUGGCUUAUACGGUGGGGGUCAUAGAUGUAGGAAGAGCUAGCGCGAUCUUUUGACCAUAUGUGUGAUGUGUAGUGGUCCUAGCUUUUAAUUCAGGGCUACUGCUUCUGUGCAGCGUAUUUAAACAGCCCUGCACUGGCUAGAUUUAAAUUGAUUAGGAUACAUUUAUUCUACAUGAUGUAUUAGUAUUCAUGAAUAGUUGAAGGCUAGGUGUGUGCAUUUUGAAAUGUAUACUUAUGCUUCAUUUAUUUCUAUUCUAAAUACACAGUUUCAGUCUUUCUCUCUUGAUUUUAACAUUUUAAUAGGUAAUGUAGUUGGAACAAGCUUAAUUCUCACUUCAAGUACAUUCCGUGUGAAAUCAUAGCACAUUUUGUUACACAUUUCAGUCAGAUGUCUGUAGUAUGUUUUUUUUUGUCUCACUAAGACUCAGAUCAGUACAAAUCAGUAAUACAGUUUAGCUUCUUUCCAACUGUAAGUUCAAUGAUCUGUUCAGAUACUACUGGGAGUUUACAAUAAACACUUGAAAUAAUGCACAUUAGCGCAUCUAUACCUCAGUACUACGGUUUAUCUUUUUGACUGCAUAAUCUGUUAGAAUAAUGACUGUUUUACCAAACCGCACAUCAGAGUCCGUCCCCCCAUUCUCUGAACCACUGCAACAAUACAUAUGCAUCAGCCACCUCAGGAAUUAGUGUUUAGACCGGCAGGAUAUGUCCAAGGUAGUGUUCAGAUGGCACUGAUUACUAAUGUAAACCAUGUGUGUGUUUGGUGGAAAAUAGUUUUGGCCUGCACCUAUUUCAAUGCAGCUGAGGUUUUGUCUACAGUUUGUGACAGGAUAUUUAUUUCACGAUUAAUUACGAAUUCAGUUGUAUCUGUGUAGCAUGUUGUGUUAAUAAAAUAU